AUGAGCCGGACGGAUAUGGUUCACUACGUGGACGUUCAAGGCGGGUGGGACACGGGUGAGUGCGCGUGGUGCUUCGACCGCGCUGUGGCGUACCGCUCUGAACACGCCCUUGGUAAAACCAGCGCCUCGUCCUUCCCGCUGCACCUGAUCCGCGCCCAGUCUCCCGACAUCCCCCCCGCUCCCCCAAGCCGACCCUCCCGGGCAAUGCUUGAAUUCUCCUGGAGCGUGCCCGUGCAGCGGCUGGGGGGGCAGCAGGGGGGGGAAGGCGGGCAGCAGGGGGUGACUGUGGCGCCUCGCGAGCAGCUGGUGUGGAAGUGCGAGCAGGCGCCGCUGCUGUGCGUGCAGGCCAUGCUGCUCGAGUGGCUGGCUGAGCCGCGCGUGGGCGUGCUCAUGGACCUGCGCACCAUCCGCUCCCGCCUGCCUGCCAUCCUGGGCUAUACACCCGCUGCUGCACACUGCUCUGCUCCUACCGCGCCUGCUACAUCUUCUUCUGAAGCUUCUAGAACGGCCGAUGGAGGUUCUGCCAGGGAUUCCCCUGCUGCCCCUUCUCAGGCUCAGCCUGCUGCUGAAGCAUGGUCGUGCUGCUGGCGCUGCAGCAGCUGCUGGGGUGCCUACCGCCGUGCUGUGAGCUUCGCGGCCUUCCUCGUGCUGGUGGCGAGGUCCCCCCGCGUUACAACGCUGUGGAAGACCCACAUGAAUCGCUCUGAGACAUUCGCAGCGCUGGUGACCGCACUGGGAGCAGGCAGGCAGGCCCAACCGGACUGCUUCGCGUCCAUUCUGGUGCAGUUGCUGGGAGUAAAAGACAGUGCUGAUCUGCAGGAAGGGUUUGGGUUCUUCCUGCAGCAUCUGCUGCCAGGGGGCCCGGAGAAGGCCGUUGGGAAGGUGCAGGCGGAGGGGAAGGGGGGGUCGGGGAAGAAAGCUGCGGCUCUGGGCAACGCGGGGCCGGCAGCAACGGCUGCGAUGCGGCUGAUGGGCGGUGGCAGGGGAGCGGAGGGCAUAGGGGGGAGCAGUGCAGUGCGAGGGUCAGGGGAUGAGGAGGAUGGGGGAGAAGGAGACGGUGGCAGGCAGGGGCCAGUGGGUGGUGGCGGUGAGGGCGGUGGGGAUGGGCAGGGCGGGCAGUGGAGGAAGCAUCUGAAGGGGCGUGUGUGGGAGAGGUUCGGCGCCAUUCCCAAGCCUCUCGAGGGAAGCAGCUUCUCCCUGGAGUGGGAUGAGUGGCCGCAUGGCGAUGAAGCUGCUGUGAAGUUUCCCGACGAUCCGAGUGGCCCUUGCUUUGGACUUGGCAUUGUGGGGGAGAGUGGGAUGGGAGAGGAGAGGGGCAGUCAGAGUGGUUCAACAAAGGAGAGUGAGGUGACUGAAGAGAGUGGGGCAGCGGAGGAGGGUGAGCAGAGUUCAUCAGAGCCUGUGCAACGAGCAGUAGGGAAGGGCAAGGCUGGGAAGGGUAGAGGAAAGAGGGGGAAAGGAGGGAAGGGCAGUGGCGGCAAGAAGGCAGAAGGGGGGGACGAAACAAUAACAAGUAAUGGAAAAGGGCAAGGAAAUUCCAGGCAGCCUCGGCUGCCCAUCAUUCGCUGCCGGGCCGACGUGGACUUUCUUAUAGCCAUCCUUUCGCCCAUGAUCAUGCCACCAGACUGCUCGCACUGCCUCAAAUGCCUCGGCACCUUUGUCUACCACGUGCCCUGCUGCGCUCUCAUUGCCAAUUUUGCCUAUCGCCCCGUUGAGGCUCUUUUCGCCCGCUUUCUCUCCGCCUACCCCACGCACUCCCUCGAAUUCGACCAGCUGUUCAAGGCGCUGCUGCUGCGCUCGCCUCUUACUGUCGCAGAGCACGUCAGAUUGAUCAACGAGUCCAGUCCUGCAGGCGCAGGGAGGGGCAUGAGUGCCCUGCGCCAUCGGCGCGAGCAGAUGACUGAGCUGCCUCGGGAUCCAGGCAUGCGGGAGCGUGUGAUGCUCUUGAAGGCUCGGCAGAUGCCGCUCUUCUUUCUGCUGGGCGUGGCUGUAUACUAUUCCAAGCCCAUCAUGGGUAUGUCUGAUGAAGAGGAGGUGGUAACAGAUGCCGGGGAUGUGGAAAUCAGAGAAGGUAAUAGGAGGAUCGAGAGGAAGCGGGGGAACGGAGGCAGGGUAGGGGUUGUGGAUGGUGGGGAGGAGGGCGAGGAGGAAGAGGAGGACGACGGGGAGGUGUGGCACGAGGUGGAAUCGUGGGGCUUUGCCAUGCUUUCCGCCUGGAGAGCAACGACCAAGGUCAUGGGGCCGGGACUGGACGUGACGUGCGGCAGGAGCAGCCCUCGCGAUGUGCUGCCCAGGAAGGCAGGAGCGCCCAUGUCAAGGGAGUGGGGCGUUGACAUGUGGGCGCAGGCUGCCACACCCAGGUUCCGUGACGACUUGCCCGCGGGACAGGGUGGGUCUGGGAAUGAUGGUGGGGACAGCGGCACGAGGAGUGGCAGCAGUGGGAGCGGUGGUGGGAAGAGUGAGGGAGAGGAGGAAAAGGGGGAGGAGCCAGCUUAUCUGAAGCCCUGGCCCGGGGGGAUCAAUCUGGUGGCGUGUCUGCGAGAGAUGCUGCUGGGGGAGGUGUGCUACCGGCCUGCCCCCCCUUCUGCGUCUUCCUCCCAUCCUGCAGCAACAAACGUGUCUGCCUCUUCCGGUCCUGCUGUCUCUUCCGCCCCUGGUGCUCCAAGCAAUGCGGCUGCAGCCGUUUCAGUUGCAGAUGGACCUGUUGCUGCUGCUUCUGGAGGGCGUGUGUGUGGUGCUGCAGGGUGUGGGAGGGUGGAGGGUGGUGGUAUGAAGCUGAGGAACUGCUCUGGGUGUGGCAAGGUGGCGUAUUGCAGCAGAGAGUGCCAAAAGGCGCACUGGCCCUCCCACAAGCUCACAUGCCCCGGCAGGACCAGCAGCAAUCAAAGUGGGACCAACAGUGGCAAGGUGAGGGCAGUGUGA